CAGCAGGGCGCCUCUGUGCGCUGGUUCGGCCUGUUUCGGCAGUAGCCGGAUAUUUUCGCCUCUUUGUUUUACUGACAGUGGAUUUAACUCGAAUUCAACCCAAUAUCCAGCGGACCGCUCCACCAACAAACAGCUGUGUGAAGCAGAGCACAGGAUGCAGAGUUAACGCUACCCUGUGUUUCCCAGAAGAAGCCUGGCUGCCAGACCCUCCGCAGUACACACAUGGCGGCAUUAGGGAACCCCGAGAUGUUAACCAGAAAGAUCAAGCUGUGGGACAUCAAUGCCCACAUCACCUGUCGUCUAUGUGAGGGGUACCUGAUCGACGCCACAACGGUCACCGAGUGCUUACACACCUUCUGCAGAAGCUGUUUGGUGAAAUAUCUGGAGGAGAACAACACGUGCCCCACAUGUCGGAUUGUCAUUCACCAGAGUCAUCCACUGCAGUACAUCGGCCAUGAUCGAACAAUGCAAGAUAUUGUCUAUAAGUUGGUGCCAGGACUGCAGGAAGCGGAGAUGAAGAAACAGAGAGAGUUCUAUCAGAAGUUAGGCAUGGAGGUGCCUGGAGACAUCAAAGGUGAACUGUGCAACGCAAAAACCCACCUGGACUCUCAGCGCAAUGGUGACCUGAAAUCGGAAGACCCAUCCAAUAAAGACGCAGGAGAGGAGAAAGCGGAGGAAGACAAUGAUUACCACCGCAGCGAUGAGCAGGUGAGCAUCUGUCUGGAGUGUAACAGCAGUAAACUCAGAGGACUCAAGCGGAAGUGGAUUCGUUGUUCGGCUCAGGCCACCGUUCUCCACCUCAAGAAGUUCAUCGCAAAAAAGCUCAACCUGACUUCCUUUAAUGAGCUGGACAUCUUAUGCAAUGAAGAAAUCUUGGGCAAGGACCAUACUUUGAAAUUUGUCGUGGUAACAAGAUGGAGAUUUAAGAAAUCGCCUCUCCUCCUGCAUUACAGACCCAAAAUGGAUUUGCUGUAGGUGGACAAAAAUGGUUGGUUGUUUUGGCCCGGCGGCUUAGGACUUUGCUACACGCUGUAUAUGCAGAGACCAUCAACUCCCACACCAAAAAAAAAGCCGUCUUUUAAGAGUCAACACAGACACGAGCCAGCAAACAACAAAACCAGCACAGCCACUGCGACACUGUCGGCUUUUACGGGAACAACCGCUUUUUCUGUCUGUUCGUCCGCUAUAUGUCCUAGAUAUGUGAAAAAUUGAGAGAAAGCAUAUAUUUAUACUUUUGUAUAGAUGAGAGAAGUGGAACCAAGACCCUAUUGGUGCGCUGUUUACACAUUAAAACAAAAAAAGACAAAAAAAAGGAAAGGUUUAAAGAUUUGUUGUACCACAGGACUUUGUUCCCACCUCAACUAUGGGCAAAAGAUGGUGCUCUUUGUCUGCCAUCCUCCAUGGAAGUGUCCUCUUACACUGCUAACCAGGGGAGAGGAGGCGUUUCAAACUGACCGCUCUCUCUCAGGUCUUAUUCAACACUUCUCGGGAGCGCAGAACCUUUCUAAGCUUCUAUAAAGCAGUUUAUAUGAGUUGUGUAUUAUCUCCCAUUUUUCUUUACUUUUUUCGGGGUCGCUACAAGUGGAAUUGUGAAUAGGCAAAUUUAUGUGUAGUAUUUAUGUUCUAUUUACCAUAUUGUAUAUAAAAGUCGUUAACAGAGAGAAGCGAGAAGGAAUGGAAGACGUUAUGAAAGUGUGAGUGUGUCUGUGUGUGAAAGUUUAAAUGUUUGAGAAGAGACUGUUUAGAGUGGUUUUCCAAAAGUGCUAUAUUAUGAGCUGCAUUUAUGUGGCUACAUCUCAAUGGAAUAUAAAUCCUGGUGUAAAUUCAAGAUUCCUAAUGGCGCGAAUCUCACAAAAACAUGUCCGGGUCAUAUUUUAGCCCAAUAAUCAAAAGUAAAAAAUUUGAGAUUUCAUAUUGCUUGAAGAAAAUGAAGCCUUUUUUAUUUGUAUUUUGCAUUGGGACAUUAUUUUCAUGACAAUUAAGCACAUUGUCCCCCAAAUUCUCUUUUUUUUUUUCUUUUUUUUUUUUUUUUUUCUAUUUAAUAGUGGGAUGGGAAUCCAUUACUUUCUUGUUACUGAAAUUCUUUAUUUUUAACUGUAUUACAGUACAGAAUUUCUGUAAUUCUGUCUUUUUUUCCCCCCAUUUAAAUCGGCAUAAAGGCGGUGCAAAAAAACUGCCAUGAUGUGUAAAUACUAUUUAAAUACAUAUAGAUAUAUCUAUUUUUUUUCACAUUACAGUAACGAGAAUGAGGAUUUUUUUGCGUUAUGGUAAAGAAAUGGGGGGUGCUUAAUUGUCAUGAAAAUAACGUAACAAUCAAGCGUUUUAAUAGUCCUAAAAAUAAGGCUUUAUUUUCUUAAAAUAACAAAUAUAUAUUUGAUUCUGUUUGAAACAUCAACUGGACAUGUUUUUGACGGAUUUCGUAAGAUUCACCCUAUAUCAGUACAUCUCUUAUCAGUGCGGACUUUGAUGAUGCAAAAAGCAUAUAUAUUGGUCCUCUUUAAUUUAGGAAGAUGUUUAAGUGUUUAAUUAUUAAAUGCAGCAGAGAUAUUAAUUGGAAGUGAUUUUGAAAUGCGUUUAAUCAUCCAACCCUUCCGAUCUUUAAUUUGCAUCCCUAGAAUCAUUAAGGAGGUGUUAGAAUGAAUCCUUAAUAACUAAAUAUGUUUAUAUCUUUAACUUACUUUAAAAACAGCCAAUCUGCCAUUCUUAUAUAUGUGUAUUUCCUGUGCUAUAAUCCCGCAGCCUCAGAGUCAUAUAUGCAAUGCAUCACCUUUUAAUUAAGACAAAAAGAUGAAACAUUUCCUUGACAUCGUGUCAGUUCUCUGCUCCUCCGCAGUAUGAAUGUAACCCACAUAUAACCGUCCAUAUGUAUUGUACAGCUCUUUGUUUUAUUGCUGUCUUCGGUGCCAAAGGCUUAACACACCCUCCUGACUUCACUCUGUUUUGCAUGGCAAGAUGUACGAAUGGCUGAAAGCAUACGGCAAAAUCCACCUAACACGUUUGACCUUGACUGAUUAGAUACUGAGGAAUUUAGCGAAUUGAGAUUAGAUUUGUCUUAUUGGGUUAAUGACCUGUCAUUAAAAUGGACCUUUUCUGUCUUUUCUUUUAUUCUGGUUAUUUAAAUGAGCCUUCCUUGAAGUUUGAAAUGUUUUGAUUUCAAUGUUGACAUCCAGUUAAUUCAUGGCGGAGUCUAGUUGAUCAAAUAUUAAAGGGCUCUUCAUAGAUUUGUAAGGGCUGUGAUUUAUUUCAAGUAUUUCUUGGAGGAGCUAAUUGACAACUUGGUUUGAUAUCCAAACAUUGUGUUAAAACGAGCUGCAUUAGUUUUUACUACGAAACAGUAGAUGACGCAGUAAAAAGGUCUGCUCAUUAUAGCGGUCAACUUUCAAACGGGUAAAUGGCAAACCAGCUUGACCAAAUCUUUCUGGUUCACUUCAUAAAUUAAUCCGUUAUUACUGAUGGUUUGUGUGUUCAAUAGUAUUGGAUUGUAUUCUUGCUUUGAAACACUCACCAGUGAAAUACAUCUAAACUGGACUGCCCUUGAAUCUGUUUUCUCAGUGUCUUAAAAUGUUAAUUAUCUCUGUAACAUUUUUUUAAAGCAGCGUGUUGUUUUGCUUUAUUGCAUCACUGACAUACUCUUGUGAAGAUGAUGUGGUCAUAAUGAUUUCCAUUUGAGCAGUUUCUACUCAUUUUCUUAUGUUAAAUAUUCAAUUCUUGUGUGUGUGUGUCAGCCAUUUCAUGCAAACAUUAAUAUGGCUACAGUUCCAAACACAAACUGCAGAUUUUUUGCAAUGUGUCUAUGCCUGGUGUGAAUGCAACAAAUACAUGCUUUUAACAUUUUUAUUUAAAACUUUUCUGACUCCAGCAUUCAUUAGGAUGGCUGGCAGGGUCAUACUUUGGGGGCGGUUGGGGUCAGAGGGGUCGUUGCCAUGGUGAAGGCUGGUGUUUCUCUUCUUUGAGCCAAUAAAUGGUGCUAAUGUUUUGUACCUUUUAAAAAUAAAGAACUAAACAUGGUGCAGACCAGGGCCGAGUCUUAAAAUACCGGUGUAUCAUCAUAACUUUCUUGCUUUUUUGAUGUGUUUGGUGCUCUUGGGGUUUGUGAAACCUGUCUUAUAAAAAGGAGGGAAGUUGGUUUGGAUUCAUGGAUUUUCAUUUACUGCUGUACCGGGAACUUUGACAUCGGUGUAGUAGCAAAUUAAGACCAUCAUUGUCAUCUGCCAUCGUAAAGAACACUGGCAUUUAGAGGAAAUGUCUAUCUUGCAUCAUUUUAAUAGGGUUAGUUCACCCAAAGAUGAAAAUUCUGUCAUUUAUGUGCCUUCAUAUCGUUCCAAACCCAUUAUCAUUUACUUUCUACCUUAGAAAGCAAACAGAGAAAUUUGGUGCUCUUUCCCAUACACUGAAAGUUAAUGGGGACGGGGUCUGUCAGUCCCCUAACCGUCUGCCUAACUUUUGUUUUCCACUGUAGAAAGUCAUACUGGUUUGGAAUGACCAACAUGAUCACACGGGACAUCAACAUGUUGCUUCCAAAAGUUCAUACUCUCUGAAAUUGCCCCCAUUCAGCCGAAUUACUGAGAAGCAGCAUUCCCCUUUAGACAGCGUGAAUACAUUUCUCUGUGGCGCUACUGAGAGCAUGUUGCCUUGCAGCCUCCGAGACACAGGUUCUGGUCCCAUGGGAACCAGGAAGUAGACGUGUUCAUAUAAACAAUGGUGAGCGCAGUCCAGAAGUUGCAUUUUCACUCCACUGAUGGUAAGGUUUAGGGUUGUGGUUUGGGUGAGUGACUAGGCUUAAUAAAAUAUACACUCCUGUUGACAGUAUUACACCUUUUUCAAAUAAAAAUACAACUCGCUUUUGGCGCCACUCUGUGGACAUUUCAUCAGGAAACUGGAGCUCACAUUUCCAUACGUUCAACAACACUUCCAGCUUUGGCCACUAGGGGCAGUGAUUCGAAUUUCAAUAAGCACAGACCGAUUUCAGCUGAUAAACUUUUGAUCUUCUGUUGCCGAAUUCACAGUGUGAUCAGUCUGAACUAACAGGAGUGUAAAUAAAGACAGAAUUCUCAUUUUUGCAUGAAAGAUUCCUUUAAAGCUUUGCUUUUUAGUGCAAACAUGGUUACUUGUUCUUGCACUAGUGAAUAUUGUUAAUCCUCUAUCACAAAUUUCCAUGAGGUUGUUCCAUUUCUUUGGGUGUAAGUGAUGAAGACUUCCUCUGUUGGCUCUGAUAUUGUUUAAACCAUCUCACAGUCUAGUUUUGCUCUCCAAGGACUUCAUUUUGCAUGAGCGGUACGUUAGUGCUCUGAGGUAGAUUCACUACUCUGCAGUAUUGGGAUGGAUCGAUGCUCAGGCCAUGUUAUCAUGUUAUAAUUGAGACAUCAGUGCUACUUCACUUGACAGGCAGGCUGUAAGAAGCUUACUGGAGACCUGCUUUACUGCUUUAGAAGCUGUGGACUGUGUCCAGACUCAAGUUGCCAUGACUGGAAGCUGGUCUCCUUAUCAUUUCCGUUUGCUUGCUUUUUGGCGGCGUUUGGUUCUGCGACAAUGGUGCUCUUUGACUGACUUUUACACUCGAAUUUGAGUGACAAAUCUGGAGAUGGAUGAUAUAAGAUGAACCCAUGGGUGAAUCUCAUGAAAGCUGUCAAAAAAAACAUGUCUAGAUCACAUGACACAAGUUAUAUUUUGCUUAAUAAAGCCUAUAUCCCCCACACACUUCUCAUUACUGUAUUGCAAAAAAUACAAAAGAUAAUUCUCAUCAUUGUAAUGUGAAAAUUUUUCAGGCCUAGAAAGGUCCAGGAAAUGAAUAAAAUAUAAAAAGUCAUGGAAAAGUCUUAUAAUAAGAUAUUGAAUAAGUGAAUAAGAUAUUUUUGCAUUUUUAUCUGCUGAAAAAUAUUCCAUGAGCUAUAGAUAUUGCUCUUAUGUCAAGGAAAACUUUCUUGUAAGCCAUAUUUGAUUUGUCAGUGAAUCGUUCUUUUGAGUCAGUUUUUUUUUAUUUUUUUAUUUUUUAUGAAUUAGUCGAAACAGUUCACAAAUCUGUCUAUAUUAUUUAUUUUCAAAUCUGUCUGAAUCAAAAUGACUUUUACAAAUCUUUGUCCAAUUAUCAAAAAACGACUGGAAAAGUAAUGGUCAAAAAGGAUGGGAACCCUGCAAAUAUUUAUAUAACUAAAAAAUAUAUAGUACAUAACAGUAGUAUUUGUACUGCCUUUAAUGCAUGCUAGUAAAAAAAAAAAAAUGAAUUGAAUUUUAUGAGACCACUGAGAAAAAAUGAAAGAUGAAAAAUUUGGAGGGAAAUGCAAUUUCGCUAAAUUCCUUUUAUGAAAAUGACACAAUGCAAAAACAUCUUAAAAUAGCCUUCAUUUUCUUUAUGCAAAAUAGUUGCUAUUUGCUGUUCUUUGGAUUAAGAUGUGAAAUAUGACCUGGACAUGUUUUUGUGAUUCACCCCUUUCAAUCUUAUAGUACCUGUUUCUUUAAUCAUGUGAUAUUUGAGCUGCGCUGGAAAGCACUUCUUAUUUAUUGUCUUCUGAAAAGCUUACAGCGGCCCUAAAAGGGCACUUCAUUUCUGUUUAUGUCUCAUUUCUCUCCAGUUGAGGGGUUAUUACGAUUAGUCAGUUUUGCGUUGCAUUGAAUGGGGGGGCCUGUUAUGAUUGGCCAUUUGUGUCUGGUUGCCAGGUCUCUCACUAUGGGUAAUUUUGAACAACUAGUUGGACAACUGGUUUUGUAUUCCACACAAAUUCACUGAAUGUUUGUGUAUUAUUUUUGUUAUUUUAAGGAGAAUUGGUUUAAGAAACCAACCUUCAUAGUGGCAUCUCCAAAUGAGCCAUUCAUUUUAUCAUCACAGAUCUGUGUCCAAACUAUUAUUUCCCCUUAAAUAUUAUUUAUUUGUACUGUAAAAAUCUGUGUCCUGCAGUACCCUGUUUGUUUUGAUAUAAAAUAUGUCUCGAGAUUUGCUGCCUCUAAUCAAUAUCUUGGUCUGUACAUGCUUUGAUAUAUACAGGAUUCGAAGAUGAAAAUGUAUUACUUAAGCAGUAUAAUCCUUUUCCUUCUCCGUCAUUCAACAUAUAGUCUCAUCCACUUAUAUGCUUUGUGUAUAAAACAAGCUGUAACUUCAAUUUAGGGUUGUGGUCGGACUUAUUCAGACUUAUAAAAUGUUUCAGAUUGGGUCGUGUGGAACGAUCGUUAUGUUUCCAUGGAGAAAAAUGUGCAAUAUAUGUCUCUCAGAUGGUUCUUGGUUUCAGCUCUGGAAGCUUCAUUUGAUAAUAUCUGUUCGUUAGGUGCUCAGGUCACAGAUAGAGUCCAUAUACAGUUCUCAUCCCACUAAUUCUACGGGUGCCUGCUUGGCUCAGUUAACACUAAUGUUCCAUACAUAGCACAUUGUUUUCCAUGCAAUUUUAUUUUAACAACUAUUAUGAUUUGUGUGAGUGUGUGUGUGUGUGUGUGUGUUAAAACAUUGACCUUUAAUAGUGUCCUUUUCCUGUUUUUUUCUUCUUGUAUAAUGAUUAUUUAUUGCACAUGUAAUACAAUUGUUUCCAUAGUUACACAAAGGAGUUUUGUUUAAAAUGGGCUGGAGUUUCUUACAAUUUUAUGGAAGCUUUUGUUGAAAUUUUGAAAGUGUGUAUUUCAUGAAUAAAUGCCUUAAAA